AUGGGGAAAGUCUGGCUCAUUACAGGUGCCUCUCGAGGUCUUGGGAAAGCUCUUGUCGAGUAUGCAUUAUCUCAGGGCGACCUGGUCGUCGCAACUGCGCGGGACAAGGACACGUUAGCUUUCACCGGCAAAGCGGGCGCGGACAAGGUCCUCGUACAGACUCUCGAUGUCACGGACUAUAAUCAGGCCUUGGACGUCGUCAAGGCUGCGCACCUGACCUUUGGACGUAUCGACAUCCUCGUCAACAACGCAGGCUACGCCGACACUGCCUCGGUGGAGGAUACUUCGAUCGAGGAUUUCCGCAAGCAAGUCGACACCAACCUUAUGGGCGUGGUCAACGUGACCAAAGCCGUUCUUCCUAUCAUGCGUCAACAAGGGUCCGGCUACAUCGUCCAGAUCUCCUCGGUGGGUGCUCGCCUGGGCAGUCCCGGUCUCGCGGCAUAUCAGUGCGCCAAGUGGGCCGUGUCGGGUUUCUCAAUGGCCCUGCACCAGGAGGUCCAACCGCUGGGCAUCAAAGUGACCGCGCUCGAGCCCGGCGGCAUCCGGACCGACUGGGCGGGCUCGUCCAUGAAGAUCCCCCCACCCAGCGAGCCUUACCAGCAGACCGUCGGCGCGUUUGCCAAGUUCAUAAGAGAGCACCACGGGGGGGAAAAGUCGCAGCCCGAAAAGUUUGGUCCCAUCAUCGACAGGCUCUACGAAUCACCAGACCCGCCCGUGCGCAUGCCCGUCGGCCCCGAUGCCGUCGGGAUGGCUCCCCAGCUUCUUGACGCCCAGAAGAAAUCUGACGAGCAGUGGGCGGAGCUGGGCAAGACAUCGGCCGGAUGA